CCACCCUCCGGGUCCCCAUCACCUCCCCCGCAUUCCCCGCGGCGGUAGGGGGGAACUGGGUGACGCUACAGGUCCCGCCUCCAGCUCGGGCCCCGGGCGAGUGCGUGCUGACGUCAUGCUGCGUGCGGGCCGGUGCGGAAUCGCCCCUUCAACUCCGCGGGGCAGGAGUUAGUUAGCAAAGAGCAGAGGCUGGGCGCGCGACCCUGGUCCUUCUGCCCCCGGCCGCACGCUUUGCGUACACUUCUCUCUGCAUGGUGGAUAUUAUUUUUCAUUAUCCUUUUCUGGGUGCUAUGGGGGAUCAUUCCAAGAAGAAGCCCGGGACGGCCAUGUGCGUGGGCUGCGGGAGUCAGAUCCACGACCAGUUUAUCCUUCGGGUGUCGCCCGACCUCGAGUGGCACGCCGCCUGUCUCAAGUGCGCCGAGUGCAGCCAGUACCUGGACGAGACGUGCACGUGCUUCGUGAGAGACGGGAAAACCUACUGCAAGCGGGACUACGUCAGGCUGUUCGGCAUCAAGUGCGCCCAGUGCCAGGUGGGCUUCAGCAGCAGCGACCUGGUGAUGCGGGCGCGGGACAGCGUGUACCACAUCGAGUGCUUCCGCUGCUCCGUGUGCAGCCGCCAGCUGCUCCCGGGAGACGAGUUCUCGCUGCGGGAGCACGAGCUGCUCUGCCGAGCCGACCACGGCCUCCUGCUGGAGCGCGCUGCAGCCGGCAGCCCGCGGAGCCCCGGCCCGCUCCCCGGCGCCCGCGGCCUGCAUCUGCCAGAUGCCGGGUCGGGGCGACAGCCCUCGCUGCGCACGCACGUGCACAAGCAGGCAGAGAAGACGACCAGGGUGCGGACUGUGCUCAACGAGAAGCAACUGCACACCCUGCGGACGUGCUACGCCGCCAACCCGCGGCCCGACGCGCUCAUGAAGGAGCAGCUAGUGGAGAUGACCGGCCUGAGCCCACGGGUCAUCCGCGUGUGGUUCCAGAACAAGCGUUGCAAGGACAAGAAGAAGUCCAUCCUCAUGAAGCAGCUACAGCAGCAGCAGGCACAACGACAAGGCGGCCUCCAGGGACUGACCGGGACGCCUCUGGUGGCGGGCAGUCCCAUCCGCCAUGAGAACGCGGUGCAGGGCAGCGCAGUUGAGGUGCAGACCUACCAGCCGCCUUGGAAAGCGCUCAGCGAGUUCGCACUCCAGAGUGACCUGGACCAACCCGCCUUUCAGCAGCUGGUCUCCUUCUCCGAGUCUGGCUCCCUAGGCAACUCCUCCGGCAGCGACGUGACCUCUCUGUCCUCACAGCUCCCGGACACCCCCAACAGUAUGGUGCCGAGUCCCGUGGAGACGUGAGCGGGGACCCCUAGCUGCCAGCCCGCGGACCUCGCAUGCUCCCUGCAUGAGACUCACCCAUGCUCAGGCCUAUCCAGCUCCGAAAACUCUCCGGCCCUUGUAAUUAUUGUUGUUAUUUAAAGCGAGGGGGGCAGAGGCAGGCGACCGCGACUGGACGGGACGGCCGGAAGAGCGGGGACGCAGCCUGCCUCGCCGCCGGGACUGGAGAAUCCUGCUCCGAGGACUUUUCUGUUUUUCUCAACUAGAAUGUGGGACUUGCGGGGUUAGCUCGGCCCUCGCCUCUCCCGCGCUGCGUGGGGAGCUGCCACUCUGCCUCUCGGCGCCCCACUCGCCCAGGAACCCCCCCUCCGCGUGGGGCCCUACAGGGACCUGCCCUCCCUCGGGGGAACUGCUCCGAACUCGCCUACCCUGACCCGAGGCUUUGAACAGGCCCUGGCGGCGAGGAGGACGGGACAACCCCAAGGAACAGACACAACCCCCAAAGCGCAUGACUGCCGGGCAAGGUAGAAACCAGACUGUCUUUAAAAAAAAAAAUGUUUUAAAUUAUCAGUCGACGGAGGACAGUGAGAGCCUUUGCCGAACAAACGUAAGUUAUUGUUAUUUAUUGUGAGGCGAAUCGUGGGACGAAUAUUUUGA